GUGCUUAGCCCCUGUCGCUUCCUCUUCAACCAAUGGGUGUGUAAAGGAAACAGUGUGCACAAAGUUCUCAGGCCCUUGCCUACAAGAGACGCCGCGGCAGGGAGGGCUGAACCUAGCCAAGGAUUAGAUGGGAGGAAGAGCUGGCCAAGCGUAUGAAUCUUCAGACCAUGGUGGACACACUGCAGGAGGCAGCCCAAGAAGCAGAGGCUAUCCAGGAGGAGAUGAAUGAGAAGAUUGAACGUCUCAAGGCCGAGCUGGUGGUGUUCAAAGGGCUCAUGAGUGAUCCCAUGACAGACCUGGACACAAAGAUCCAAGAAAAGGCUAUGAAGGUGGACAUGGACAUCUGCCGCCGGAUCGAUAUCACGGCUAAGCUGUGCGAUGUCGCGCAGCAGCGGAACUCGGAAGACGUGUCCAAGAUCUUCCAGGUGGUCCCAAAGAAGAAAGAUCGUAAGGUUGCUUCGGAUGAUGACAUCUCUGAGCAGGACGGGGAGGUGAAUCGGUUCUCAGAUGAGGAGGUUGGCUCUAUGAACAUCACAGAUGAGAUGAAGCGCAUGUUUAACCAGCUGCGGGAGACCUUUGAUUUUGAUGAUGACUGUGACAGCCUGACCUGGGAAGAGAAUGAAGACACCCUGCUGCUGUGGGAGGAUUUUACCAACUGUAACCCGACCAUUGACCUGCAGGGCGAGCAAGAAGAAAACUUGGGCAACUUGAUCCAUGAGACUGAAUCCUUCUUCAAGACGAGAGACAAGGAGUACCAGGAGACGAUAGGCCAGAUCGAGCUGGAGCUGGCCACAGCCAAGAGUGACAUGAACCGGCAUCUGCACGAGUACAUGGAGAUGUGCAGCAUGAAGCGAGGCCUGGACGUGCAGAUGGAGACCUGCCGCCGCCUCAUCAAAGGCUCCGCAGACAGGAAUUCACCGUCCCCCAGCUCUGUGGCCAGCAGCGACUCAGGAAGUACAGAUGAGAUCCAGGAUGACCUGGAACGGGAGGCAGAUGUGGAGCCCAUGGUCAGCUGA